GUGUCCGGCGUGGUGGGCGGGGCUCCGCGCUGUCACCGCGAUGAGGAGACGACGUCGCCGCCGCCGCCGCUGGGCCGCUCCGGGCUGCGCCCCUCGGGGCCUGUGAGGAGAGGCGCCGGGCCCUCUCGCCCGCCCGCCCGCCCGCCCGCCCGCCCUCACGCGCUCGCCCAGGCCCGGCCUGGCCGCCUCUCGCUCGGCCUUCGUCGCGGUUCUCGACGGCGGAGAAGAAUUAGAAGGUGCCAAACCCUUUUGCGCGUGGCGAUGUUGUGCUAGCGGAGGGAGCGAGCGCCCAGCGUCCAGGAUGCCGGUGCAGGCGGCGCAGUGGACGGAGUUCCUCUCCUGCCCGAUCUGCUACAACGAGUUCGACGAGAGCGUGCACAAGCCCAUCAGCCUGGGCUGCUCCCACACCGUCUGCAAGACCUGCCUCAAUAAGCUGCACCGCAAGGCCUGCCCCUUCGACCAGACCGCCAUCAACACCGACAUCGACGUCCUGCCCGUCAACUUCGCCCUCCUCCAGUUAGUCGGAGCCCAGGUCCCCGACCACCAGAGCAUCAAGCUCAGCCAUCUAGGAGAGAACAAACACUAUGAGGUGGCCAAGAAGUGUGUCGAGGAUCUGGCGCUUUAUCUGAAGCCGCUGAGCGGAGGCAAAGGCGUGGCCGGCCUGAACCCGAGCGCGCUGAGCCGGCCCAUGCAGAGGAAGCUGGUCACCCUGGUCAACUGCCAGCUGGUCGAGGAGGAGGGCCGGGUCCGGGCCAUGCGGGCGGCCCGCUCUCUCGGGGAACGCACCGUCACCGAGCUCAUCCUGCAGCACCAGAACCCACAGCAGCUCUCGGCCAACCUCUGGGCCGCCGUCCGGGCCCGGGGAUGCCAGUUCCUCGGACCAGCGAUGCAGGAGGAAGCCCUGAAGCUGGUGCUGCUGGCCUUGGAGGACGGCUCGGCCCUCUCCCGGAAGGUCCUGGUGCUGUUUGUGGUCCAGAGGCUGGAGCCCAGGUUCCCACAGGCCUCCAAGACCAGCAUCGGACACGUGGUGCAGCUCCUCUACCGCGCAUCCUGCUUCAAGGUGACCAAGCGGGACGAGGACUCCUCGCUGAUGCAGCUGAAGGAGGAGUUCCGUGGCUACGAGGCCCUGCGCCGGGAGCACGACGCCCAGAUCGUCCACAUCGCCAUGGAGGCCGGCCUGCGCAUCUCGCCCGAGCAGUGGUCCUCCCUCCUCUACGGGGACCUGGCCCACAAGUCCCACAUGCAGUCCAUCAUCGACAAGCUUCAGUCCCCGGAGUCCUUUGCCAAAAGCGUUCAGGAGCUGACCAUCGUUCUGCAACGGACGGGCGACCCUGCCAAUCUAAACCGGCUCCGUCCCUACCUGGAGCUUUUGGCCAACAUCGACCCUAAUCCAGACGCGGCGUCUCCCACGUGGGAGCAGCUGGAGAGCGCCAUGGUGGCUGUCAAGACGGUGGUCCACGGCUUGGUGGACUUCAUCCAGAACUACAGCCGGAAGGGCCACGAAACCCCACAGCCCCAGCCCAACAGCAAGUACAAGACCAGCAUGUGCCGCGACCUGCGACAGCAAGGCGGGUGCCCGCGCGGGACCAACUGCACCUUUGCCCACUCGCAGGAGGAGCUGGAGAAGUACCGUCUCCGGAACAAGAAGAUCCCGGCCACCGUGCGGACCUUCCCUGUGCUGGGCAAAGCGGGCGCCACCAGCCCCGUCCCCACGGCGGCCGGGAGCGUCCUGUCCAUCCUGGGCAGCCCCGAGGCCGCGGGGAAGCUGGCGGCCAGCUCCAACGGCGUGGGGGGCCUGGAGGGGGGCGGCCUGCCCCAGAUGCUGCCCCGCUGCGCCCAGGCCCCCUCCCCCUCCGCCCUCAGGACCCUGGAGAGCGCCAAGAAGGCCGGCACCAACGGGCAGAGCGCCAACGCCGCCGGGCCCCCCUCGGACCCCCUGCACGAAAGUAAAAUCGGUUCUCCGCCCAAGACGCCGGUCAGCCAAGCCGCAGCUACCUCAGGGGGGCCGCCCCCCCCUCCUCCUCCUCCUCUUCCGCCGCCCCCGCCGCUCGGGACAGAGAUGGGCCCCGUGGCCCCCAAGCCCGGCCCCUUUGCCCCCCGGGUGCCCCUCUUCCCGCCCCAUUCGGAAGCCCUGCCCUACUUCCAGGACCCCCGCACACACCUCCCCUACGAAGCCUCACAGUUCCCACAAGCAGGUUACUACCCGCCUCCACCGCCGGUCCCGGCGUGCCUCCCCCGGUUCGUGAGGUCCGGAAGCGCCGCGGAGCCGCCCCUCCCUCCCUCCUCGGUGCCCUACGGCGACCACUACGGGGCGUUCCCCGCUCGGGACCGGCCCUACCCGCCGCCCCCGCCGCCCUCGCAGCCGUUUGGGGCGGUGCCCCCGGUCCCCUCGGGGAUGUACGCCCCGGUCUACGACAGCCGGCGCAUUUGGCGGCCGCAGGUCUUCCCCCGGGACGAGCUCCUCCGGAGCGGGGCCGUGCCCCCCGUGGACGUGGUGCACCCCUCCGUCUACCAGACCUUCCUGCGGGAGAGACACGGCUCCCUGGACGGCUGCUACUCCGUGGCCUGCCCGCUGCCGCCCGAGCAGAGGACGCUGCCUUUGAAGCCGGCCCACGACGACCCCCUCCAAAGGAAGCCGGAGCCGUGGGCCCCGUGCCACGCGCAGAAGGCGCCUCUCGCGCCACCCACGCCCUCCGUCCUCUCCGCGGCCGCACAGUCCCCGCCGCCUCCGCCUUCCCCUCUUUUCAGCGUGGACUUCGGCUCAGAGUUCUGCGAGAGCCCCGGGGACGCGAGUGGCAGCAAGUACGAGGAGGAGCGUCUCUCGCACUACUCGCCCUGGUCCUGCGGCACCAUCAGCUCCUGCAUCAACGCCAUCGAGUCGGGGCCCAAGGACGUCGUCGCCAACUCGGGCACCGUGCUCUUGGACCUGGAGAGCGUGGACAUGAAGCAGCGGGUGCCCCUCUUCGAGGCCCAGCGGCGGGCGAAGGAGGAGGACCCCAUCAUCCCUUUCGGGGACGGGCCCAUCAUCUCCAAGUGGGGGGCCAUCUCCCGCUCCUCGCGCACGGGCUUCCACACCACCGGCCCCGUCCAAGCCACUGCUUCCCAAGGAAGUGCCACCAAGCCCAUCAGCAUGUCAGAUUAUAUCCCUUACGUCAGCACCGUUGAUUCGAGGUGGAGUUCCUACACGUCGGAUUCCACUCCGUCGCCAUGUUUCCUCGAACGGGACCGGUUCGUCGUGACGGACAUCUCCGCCACAAGGAAGUCCUCUAGCGCUGGAGAGCUGAGCCUAGAGCUGCAGCAGGCCAAAAGCAACUCCCUGCUGCUCCAGAGAGAGGCCAACGCCUUGGCCACGCAGCAGAAGUGGAGCUCCUUGGACGGAGGCGCCCACCUCACCUUAAACCUCCUGAGCAAGGACAUCAACCUGAGGAAUGGCGAGGUGGACUACCCUGAGGACAGUGCGGACGCAAAGCCGGACCGAGACAUUGAACUGGAACUUUCAGCCCUGGACGCCGACGAGCUCGACGGACAGGGAGAGCAGAUCGAAGAGAUUCUGGGCCUGCAGCUCGGGAUCGGAGAGCGAGACGGCGCUCUGUUCAACGGCUCCGCUCUGGAGAACGGCCACACGCCGGAGCCGGAGGAGGCCCGCCCGCCACCGCAGCCCAGCUUAGGUGAAAAUCUUGCUGCUCUGGAGAAGCGGAAAGUAGCCUUGCCGGCGGCGUCCUGCUUCGUCCAACCCGCGGCCCGUUCCUCGUCCGCGGGCGGCGUGAACGGCAGCGUGUCCGCGACAACAAUGAGCCUGGGCAGCCUGGUCCUCAAGACGGCCCGUGUCCCAGGAGAAGGGGACAGAGACUUUGUACGGCCAGUUGCAAACGGCAAGAUGGUGAACAGCUGAGGAGUGUUCUGCUUCCGGAACUAAGGAAGCAAUUACACUUGCUUUUUAAAAUAUAUAUCUAUAUAUCUAUAUCUAAGAUAUAUAUAUAUAUAUAUAUAUAAAAUAUGUCUAUUAUAUAAUGUAUAUUUUUGGAAGAAAAUAGCAUUUGGGGUCGUUUUGUUUCCUGUGAACUCUUUGUUGACCAAUCAGGGCCCUUGUCAUGUUGGGGAAAAGGUAACGGCAACACCACCACUGCUGGGGCCUCGGCUGGGAUUCUGGACAUGGUUUUUCUUGUUAAAUUGGCACCCGGUUGUUCCACGGAUGCGUCUUUGACUUGAGCCGUGCUUGGCAUCUCUCGGGAAAACGUUGCAAGUGAAUUGUUGUGAAUCCGGCAGAUCCUCAGGCGGGUGUUGUGACGAACGAGAAGUGUUUGGCCUGCUUUCUUUCCGUUUGUUUGAUGCGUGAGGGUUGCGGUUGUGUGCUUUUUCGGACUUUGCACGAAAUAGCGCGUCUGUGUAAGCGAGAGAGAGAGGCUGGGGAUGUUCUUGACGUUAAGGCGCCUCGUUCAGGGUCGAUAACACUUCCUUUCCGCUUCGCCUCGUUGUGUUAUACGCAGCGGUGCGCCACUCUGCGCGUCCGUUUCACCUGUGGCCACUUCCGUAGGUCGAGUGGUUUGCCUCUGUGUGGUCACAAAUCCAAGUGCCUGCAUUCUCCAGCUUGCUCGGUCUUCGGACCUUCUCGCAUUGGGAUAGGCAGUGUUCCCUCACUUAUGGGGGGAGUUGCGUUCCAGGACCACCCAUGGAAAGUGAAAAUCCGCAAAGUCGGGACGCCAUAUUUGUGUUGUUUACAAUCUCGCUCGUCAAUCUGCGUCUCUGUGCCGCCGCCUUGUGAGGAGAAAACGAAGCUGCUUCAGCCUUCUUUUCUCUCCCUUCGGCUUCUCCUUCCUUCGUCCUUCCUUCUCCUUAAGAAGGAAGGAAGGAAGGAAGGAAGGAAGGAGAAAGAGACAGGGAGGAAGGAAAAAUCGUAAUUUUGUAAUGGUUUAUUAUAUUCUUUUAGUGUUUAUUGAAAAGAGAAUUCUUCUGGGACUUGGCCGUAUGCUGAGGAUGCCUGUCCUAGAUGUGGGCGAAACGUCAGGAGAGAAUGCUUCUGGGACAUGGCCAUACACUGAGGAUGCCUGUCCAAGAUGUGGGCGAAACGUCAGGAGAGAAUGCUUCCUGGACAUGUCCGUACGCUGAGGAUGCCUGUCCAAGAUGUGGGCGAAACGUCAGGAGAGAAUGCUUCCUGGACAUGGCCAUACACUGAGGAUGCCUGUCCAAAAUGUGGGCGAAACGUCAGGAGAGAAUGCUUCUUGGACAUGUCCGUACGCUGAGGAUGCCUGUCCAAGAUGUGGGCGAAACGUCAGGGGAGAAUGCUUCUGGAACAUGGCCCUACACUGAGGAUGCCUGUCCAAGAUGUGGGCAAAACAUCAGGAGAGAAUGCUUCUGGAACAUGGCCGUACACUGAGGAUGCCUGCCCUAGAUGUGGGCGAAACAUCAGGAGAGAAUGCUUCUGGGACAUGGCCGUACACUGAGGAUGCCUGUCCUAGGUAUGGGUGAAAUAUCAGGAGAGAAUGCUUCUGGAACAUGGUCGCACACUGAGGAUGCCUGUCCUAGAUGUGGUCGAAAGGUCAGGAGAGAAUGCUUCUGGAACAUGGCCGUACGCUGAGGAUGCCUGCCCUAGAUGUGGGCGAAACGUCAGGAGAGAAUGCUUCUGGGACAUGGCCGUACACUGAGGAUGCCUGUCCUAGGUGUGGGCGAAACGUCAGGUGAGAAUGCUUCUGGAACAUGGCCCUACACUGAGGAUGCCUGUCCUAGGUUAACCACGUUUUAUUGAUUAGCCCAUCGGCCGUAUCAAAACAUUUAACACAUAGACAUACAUACAACAUACAACAUACAACCCGCGGUAAAGAAAAGAAGUUAAAAUAAACAAGCUGUUAACAAGACCCCGUUCAGGUCAAAUAUCUGCAUCACCUGCACAGUUUACCCCAAUUGAUUCCAGAUAUGCAAUUCUCAGUUGUGUGGCUUUGAAUAGGAAAAGGGCUGUUUUGUGUGUUAUUUUAGGAUUCUGGCCGGCCAACAAAAAUGAAAUUUUAAUAUGUGGGUCCUAGGUGUGGGGGAAACGUCAGGAGAGAAUGCUUCUGGAACAUGGCCAGAAAAAAUCCCAGCAACCUAGUGAUUCCGGCCAUGAAUCUUUCUAUUUCCUGUCCCGCUUUUGUUUUUGCUGGCAUUUGGUUGGUGUUUCUCUCUCCACUUUGAUUUUUUUAACGUGUCUCGAUUAACUUCUGUGAAGUUGUUUACUCUGGAAAUCGUACUGGAAUAUUUUAGCCAAAAAACGGCAAUUUUCCCCCCACCUGGGUGUGUACUGGACGCAAGGGCGACCGUGUUCCCGGCCAAGGGUUGUCGUUCUUUGCGCAGGACUCGGGCGCUCUUUUGUUGUCUGUCGCCUGUUGUUGACGUUGUAAAUAUCCCAUAAUCCCAGGGCUGGUUGCAUUAGCAUCGAGGAAAGCAUUGUCUGCGUAUCGGAAGCGCUCUUUGUAGUAUAGCGGCCAAAUCGUUGUGCGUUUCAGUGCUUUUCGCUGCCUCGCCGUUGCAGCGAGACAAAGCCAUCGGAAAUUUUUAAAAUCCAGAUUUUGUCCGAAAGGAUCUCUUUUCACGCGCGACCGUUAAUGUCAGUCACGACACCGUUCUUCUGUAUAUAGGAAUUUGUAUCUUAAAAUUUGAAAUGCUUCCGAUUAGGAUUUUCUUUCCGAGUUCAGAUAUCGAUAGAAACGUAGCUGUAUAUGCCAAUGCAAAAAAACUCUCUCGUACAUGGACACGAUCUUCCAUGUUGAAGGCGAUGUUUAUAUAUAAUUUUUUUCUUAAAAAAGGAAGAAAACAAAUCUUAAUGGCUAUUUUGUUACAAAAAUAGAAACCGCGCAAAGCUUUGAGAGACCCGUAUCCGCGGCUUCAGGGAAACCGGGCCUCGUCAGCACAACCUGGGGGCGGAUGUUUACGAGCCGAACAAAUCUGGUGCGUUUUGCCUUUUUUGAUAAUGUCUAAGUUAUAAGAUACACAUAUACACAUAUAUAUGUGUGUGUGUGUGAACCUUCCGACUCGUUACUGGCGAAUUGUUUACAGAUCCAUCGGUCGCGUUGAGACCCGCUCCUGCUCCCUUUUCACCAGUUUUGUUUACAUUGCUUUCACACUGGAAGGGAGCCAUCCGACAGCACCGCCGUUUCCGUACCCGAAAAUGUCCGCGAUGCUUUUGUGGGGAAGCAUCAUGUCCGUACCCGAAAGAGUCCGUGAUACCUUUGUCGGGAAGCGCCGUUUUCGUGCCCAAAGAUCCACGAGACCUUCAUGGGAAGGCUCCGUUUUUGUACCCAAACGAGCUCGCGAUACCUGUGUAGGAAAGAGUCGUUUCCGUACCCAAACGAGCUCCCGAUACCUAUGUAGGAAAGCGCCGUUUUCGUGCCCAAAGAUCCACGAGACCUUCAUGGGAAGGCUCCGUUUUUGUACCCAAACGAGCUUGCGAUACCUGUGUAGGAAAGAGUCGUUUCCGUACCCAAACGAGCUCCCGAUACCUAUGUAAGAAAGAAUCGUUUCCGUACCCAAACGAGCUCGCGAUACCUGUGUAGGAAAGCGCCGUUUUCGUGCCCAAAGAUCCACGAGACCUUCAUGGGAAGGCUCCGUUUUUGUACCCAAACGAGCUUGCGAUACCUGUGUAGGAAAGAGUCGUUUCCGUACCCAAACGAGCUCCCGAUACCUAUGUAGGAAAGCGCCGUUUUCGUGCCCAAAAGAUCCACGAAACCUUCAUGGGAAGGCUCCGUUUCCAUACCCAAACGAGCUCCCGAUACCUAUGUAGGAAAGCGCCGUUUUCGUGCCCAAAAGAUCCACGAUACCUUCAUGGGAAGGCUCCGUUUUUGUACCCAAACGAGCUUGCGAUACCUGUGUAAGAAAGAAUCGUUUCCGUACCCAAACGAGCUCGCGAUACCUGUGUAGGAAAGCGCCGUUUUCGUUCCCAAAGAUCCACGAGACCUUCAUGGGAAGGCUCCGUUUUUGUACCCAAACGAGCUUGCGAUACCUGUGUAGGAAAGAGUCGUUUCCGUACCCAAACGAGCUCCCGAUACCUAUGUAAGAAAGAAUCGUUUCCGUACCCAAACGAGCUCGCGAUACCUGUGUAGGAAAGCGCCGUUUUCGUGCCCAAAGAUCCACGAGACCUUCAUGGGAAGGCUCCGUUUUUGUACCCAAACGAGCUUGCGAUACCUGUGUAGGAAAGAGUCGUUUCCGUACCCAAACGAGCUCCCGAUACCUAUGUAGGAAAGCGCCGUUUUCGUGCCCAAAAGAUCCACGAAACCUUCAUGGGAAGGCUCCGUUUCCAUACCCAAACGAGCUCCCGAUACCUAUGUAGGAAAGCGCCGUUUUCGUGCCCAAAAGAUCCACGAUACCUUCAUGGGAAGGCUCCGUUUUUGUACCCAAACGAGCUCCCGAUACCUAUGUAGGAAAGAAUCGUUUCCGUACCCAAACGAGCUCCCGAUACCUAUAUAGAAAGCGUCGUUUCUGUAAACGAAUGAUCCACAAUACUUCCGUGGGGAAGCUCCGUUUGCGUACCCGAAAGGGUCCGCAAUACUUUUGUGGGAAAGUGCCGUUUCCGUACACAAAAGAUCCACGAGACCUUCGUGGGGAAGCGCAGAGCUUCGUAACAGAGCCCUUGCCAACCCAAGAGACCUGCCAAGCGCCAAAACCUGUGCCGUCUUGCUCUGAGCUUUGACCAAACUGUCGUCACGAUCUCACCACGAAACAGUUGUUUCUUCUGGUUCGGUGCUGUCUCCGUCCACGACUGGACGGUCCGUUUCUUUUUGGGCAGCUUCCAGGAUUGGAGCCGUACCGUAGCCUGUUUUAGGGCCCUGCCUUUCGGAUGCGGGCGAAGAGGUCUCUUGCCCUUCAUUGGCAUUUUGUGUUUUUGGAAAGAUAGCAUCGCGGAGAGUUUGGUUCUGUGACUGGCAGGUUCUUCUCUCGCUUUCCCUUUGUGCUGCCACUGUCGGUAGAAAAACACAAAGUUGUGUCUAGGCGCUCGUUUCGACUCGGGAUCGCCCACUUUGCCAUUUUUAUUUUUGCAGAUUGUGUUGAACACUUUUGCUGCAGCUCGGACAGUCAUUUUCGUGACGGUCAAGAGUUUGCGACUCUGUGGUAAAGCACAGAAAACUAUCACUCCAGGUGUUGUGGACUCCAACUCCCACAAUCCCUUCCUUUUCCCCCUUCAGACGCUUAAGCCUAGGCAGGAACUCGGAAACACAAACAGGAGACCGAUCCUCAUGAGCAACGUUGUCUCCGCUGAUUCGCUUGCAGCCAAAUCACUUCAUUUAAGCCCGACCAGGCUCCCAUGAGAUAAAGGUUCAAAGCAUAGAACACAAUAUCAGACAUAUAUCAACAAGACUCCAACUAAAAUUGUAAACGACUGCAACAUCUGUUCCCCUAUUUGGAAGCUUAUCUCUGAAAAACCGAAUUUAUUGUCAACAAACUGAAGCUACGGCUAAUUGACUGCAUUUACAUCCCGAGGAGUCCUAUAGAACUGCUCCAAGACUACAGAGUCUCUGAUUUGUUUUGACUCCAAGCCAGGUUUGAGCCAAUUGAUUUGUAUAUAUUUAGUUUCACAGCAUAUUACAUACCAUUUUGGAGAGACUGAAUAUACACAUACUGUGUUGCUAACAAAUUUUAGUUGGAGUUUUGUUGAUAUAUGUCUGAUAUAUGUUCUAUACUGAAAACUGCUCUGUGUAGCAUUUAAAUCUGGAUGAUUGCAGUCUAUAAAUCUUUAUACUUAUAAUGUGUCACUACAGCUGACUGAAUUUAGUCAUCAGUUGUAUUAUUAUUUGUAUUAUUGUUAACAUUAUUAUGUAUAUGAUGCUCUAAUAUACAUAUUGUGUUCUAUGCUUUGAACCUUUAUCGUGGUGCAUAUUUUUCAGAUAUUGUUUAGAAUAGACAGCUGUGUUUAGUUAUUAUUAUAUAUCCCAUGAGAUCGUGGCCAGCGCACCUGGGCUGAAGUUGCUGCGGUUCAAGGCUCAACGGUCAUUGUCCAUUUUUCGGUCCUAUUUUCUGGACUGAUUCCUCCCCUUCCCAAAACUAUAUUUAUUACCCCCUCCCCACUUUGCAACGUUUACAUCCGACGAGCCCAUUUUUCUCCCGUUGAAAUACAAAGUAGACACCUCUCCAUCGGACAUAUAUAUAUAUUUGCACACAUCCCACACCCCUGACCAUAGGAAUUUUAGCAUUUUCGUAUUUUUUUGCCCGGACGAAAAACAAAAACACGGUACUGUAGUUGUGAUACAACACACGUGUGGCUUCUCUUCCUACUGCACAGACCAGUCGCAAUGCGCAACCACUUUUACGGAGCCUUUUUACGACCACGAAUAUCCUUUUUUCCCCCCUGGAAGUAUUUUAUUUUGUAUGUUUCUCGUUGCGUUGUCGUUCUUAUAUUUUGUACGAACUUGCUUAGCUUUGGGGAGAGAGGCCUGUUGUGUCGGCUGUGCGGCCGGUUGUGGAUAUUUUUACGUCUGUAUUAGACAUUUUACUUUGCGAAUCUAUUGUUUGAUUGAGAUUUAAAUAAAAAAUUAUACGACGAUGGUGUACACCCAUCAUGUAUCAUAUUAAUAAUAAUAAUAAUAAAGCAGACGCCAUCGUGACGAUGGAGGGAUUUAAUGCUCAUUUUUAAGCUUCUAUUUAAAUAUAUAUAUAGAUAUAUAUAUAUAUAAUUUGCGGGGGGGAAAUCUGUAAAAAUCUCCUUUUUACUCCCUUUUUGUGUUCUAGGAAUAGGAUCGUAAAGGGGAAAGCUUUAGACCGUACGGUCUGUAUUUUCGGGAAGCGUGUGCGUUUGCGUGUGUGUGUGUUUGCGUGUGUUUGCCGUAGCACAUGAGACGAAUCCGUUAGCUUUUCGGGGGGGGGGGGGGGGGCUGGUCACGGACUUUAGCGAAUCGUGGUUCGUUUGUUUUGGUUUUAUUUUAUUUUUCUCAGUGUUUUGAGAGAGAAUUAAUAAUUGCGGGGAGGGAGUGGGGAGAAAACAACAACAAAGUUUGCAGUACUUGACAUGUAUUUGCAUGCCAUAAAUAAUAAUAAUAAUAAAAGAAAAGAAAUUGUCCACCUAA